CAGGGAAGGGGAGUGGAGUUCCCCAGGAUUCUCCCCCGCCCCCGUCUAGAAGUUAGUCCCGGGGACCCUCCCCCUCUCUGCGCUUGGGCACCGGCGGAUCAGUAGCAGCUGUCCGGGUGGAUGUGUCAGUCUGGCGGCGCGGGCUGGCAGUCAGCACAGCCCAGAGCCAGGUGCCCGCAGCCCGGCCCCAUUGCUCCGCGGGAAGAACAUUGUCUGCGUCCAACAGCUGCGAGGAGAGUGCCGGGCCCCGCUGCUGACCCUCAGCCCGGGCGGGGAGGGAAUGGACAGGGAGGGUCUCGGGCUUGCUCGGGGCCGCAGAUUUCCCCAGCACGUUGUUCUUGGCUGGGGUGGGGAAGGACCGGGCUCCUGGCCGAUCGGAAGCAGCUGAUUCCCCCACCGCUCUCCUCCUGGCUUUGCGAAUGGAAUUGAAGGCGGGGUGCUGAAGUUGCCGAAGUCUGCCGGGAUCCUGCCCUCUGCCCCUCGGACAAACCAUGCGGGAUCUAGCGAUCGAGAUCGGGAUACGAGUUCUGCUCUUCGGUGUCUUUGUUUUUACAGAGUUUUUGGAUCCAUUCCAGAGAGUUAUCCAGCCAGAAGAAAUCUGGCUUUAUAAAAAUCCUUUGGUACAAUCAGACAACAUACCUACACGCCUCAUGUUUGCAAUUUCAUUCCUCACGCCACUGGCUGUCAUUUUUGUGGUGAAAAUAAUCCGGCGGACAGACAAGACUGAAAUUAAAGAAGCCUUCUUAGCUGUUUCCUUGGCUCUCGCUCUGAAUGGAGUCUGCACAAAUACUAUUAAGUUAAUAGUGGGGAGACCUCGUCCCGAUUUCUUUUACCGCUGCUUUCCAGAUGGAGUAAUGAACUCUGAAAUGCACUGCACAGGUGAUCCAGAUCUGGUGUCCGAAGGCAGAAAGAGUUUUCCCAGUAUCCACUCUUCUUUUGCAUUUUCAGGCCUUGGCUUUACGACCUUCUACUUAGCUGGAAAGUUGCACUGCUUCACUGAAAAUGGCCGAGGGAAAAGCUGGCGGCUUUGUGCAGCAAUUCUGCCUCUGUAUUGUGCCAUGAUGAUUGCCCUGUCACGCAUGUGUGAUUACAAGCAUCAUUGGCAAGAUGCUUUUGUCGGCGGAAUCAUUGGCCUAAUUUUCGCUUAUAUUUGCUACAGACAGCACUACCCACCUUUGGGUAACAUGGCUUGCCAUAAACCUUAUGUCAGCCUCCUCGUUCAGACCUCAACGAAGAAGGAAGAGAGACCCACAGCAGAUAAUGCUACAGGCCUAGAGGGAAUAACUGAAGGACCAGUAUGACUAAUAAAUGUGCACAAUGAACUUUUAGCCCUUCUCACAUUCCUCCAAACUGGUCUCUUAACAUGAUGUUUCCUACAGUACAUUUGGGCAGUGAUUUUUUUUUUAACAAUAUUCUUUUUCAUACAGUAACAUCCUCUUGCUUUUAAGGUUCAGUUUUCAGUACAUACUGUUUUGUCCAGCUGUCUGUUUUCAGUCCGUUGCCAGAGCAGAAAAAAAAAAUCCAGAGAGGAAACAAGCGUCAAUAGAGAGAACAUGCCAAAUCCAAGUUAGUUAACUGAAUAGGUUUGAAAGAGAGGUAUUUGAAGAUACAGUCAAUCUGAAAACAGUGGAUGUUGUGUGAUGCUGAGCGCCUCCUAGGAAGUAGAUUGUCCUCAACUGUCGGUGACCUCAGUGGGUGUUGAGUGCAGUCCUCACUUUCAGGAGGUUUUCAGCAACUGCCAUAAUCAGCCCUUGGACUGUUUCUUUAUAUAAUUUGAUGUGUAAGGGGCAACCUCCUUAUGUUUAUGUUGUGGUCUUCUAACAUAAUAAAUCUUCCACAUGAUGUGAAUGCUUUGUGUUAGUUGUCAAGUUUUGGCAGGGUUAUUCUGAGCUGGUAAUUAAACAGUUGCUGAAAUGUAUGAAGAGCAAGAGUCUGAGAAGAGCCAAGUCUACUCACAUCAAGGGUUUUGGAGGAUGAAGCUGACAGCAGAGUGAGCCAAAUCUUUGUCAGCUUGCAAUAACAUAUGUUCAUAGGCUGGAUUAGAAACUGGGUAUUAAAAUAUUAGCAUUUUUUUCUGAGAGCUCAGGCAGUAAUUAUUUUCAAAAUUGAAUGAAACCGCAGCAACUCCCACGACAUACAACAAGCUGCAAUCUUAAAAACAAACAAACAAGCAAAAAUCUUAAAACUGCGCAGUUGAAGAAACACCAUGUUUUCUGUGAAUCUCAAUGUGCCACAGCUGUCCUGGUAGAACUGUCUCUAAUGAGACACUCCAGCAUUGGUUGUGAUCUUAAGGAAUGUAAAGACUUUGGUUCAUGAGCACUGGUUUCACAUGUAUGAAUGCUUCCGUCAGUUUCCAGCACUGUACUAUGCCUGGCUGAAUUCUGAGAAAAAUAUUCCAUUUGCUCAUUUCCCCAUUUUCAAUUCAUCAUAUUCCUAAGCCUAGCAUUUGUAAGGGUAUCUUGCCGCCUGAUCCAGAGCCCAUUAAGUCAAUGGGAAUCAUUUCACAGUAAUCCAGUAGGCUUUUGAUGAGGUGCAGAGGAGGUAGCCAUGUGUAUGACCAAUCUAUGUUAGUUUAUUUUUUUUUAGGUUCAUCUUUCCAUUCAUUAUUCAUACACUAUGACAUAUUAAAAAUAUAUCACACUCCAGUGAAAUGAUGUACCGUUGAAUGGCAAAGUGUCAGCUUCCAGCAUUUCCUUUAAUAGAUGGAUUAGAAAAGAGCAGGUAAAAUGUUCUAAAAAUCACAUCCUGACAGUUGAACAUUUCUGGGCUAGAACAACUCGUUAAGGUGAUCACAACCGCUUUGAUCAACAAUAUCCAUUAUGGUGCUUUAGACUGGAGGAGACCAGUGCCAUAGCUACCUUAUAACUAAUGUGUUCCUGUUGGAAUAUGUAUUGGCCUUGUAGGCGGUUUGUGAUUCAAAAAAGCUGUGUGUCUUAGUGUAAAGGCUUGUCAUUUAUUUUUGUCAAAGGUACACUUUGUAGAUUUUUUGAGAAGAGCUUUUCCCUCAUUGGCAACACUUGAAUUUUUAUAGAAGAAAAAGAAGUUAUGAACCCUUUUUCUAAAUAAAAAAAAUAUGCAUGCAAAAGAAUACUGCCAAACUCAUUUAAUGAAAACAUAUACAAAAUUGUGAAAUAUACAUUAAUAGGAAAUUACCUUAUGGAAAAGCCAUAGAAAAUGUAAUAAGGAUGAGACCAACAGGGGUUCUAUAGAAAUUAGGCCUGGUCUAUACUGGUGCUAUAGGCCCUAGUGUAGGUACAGUUAUACCAGCGUAACUGU